AAUGAGAUCACACACUCUCCCAGAGGACUGCCCCCACCGCUCAAGGAGGGCCAGACUCAGAGCAGGGGCCUCAGUGAGAAGCUGGCCGUGUGAGGGACAGCCUGUCGUUGGAACAGAAGUUUAAGGGGUAACGGCAAGGAACGGUAAACAGUGGAUCACACAUCAUCGUUGGUCACAAGGCAGGGGUCAAACCAAUCCUGUUUACGUCAGUCGAGAAACAUCCUUGAGAGAAGUGCCGGCCAGCUGUCGUCAGGUUGUUUAGAGACGUCUGCUUGCUGCUUCGGACGCUCUCGUUCCCCAGCGCGGUGAUGCAGGGCCCGUAUGUGUGUGCGCUGGUGCUGCUGGUGCUGCAGCUCCGGGGCUUCUGCGUGGCUCAGUUCCCCCGGCUGUGUGCCACCUCGGAGGCCCUGAGGACCAAGGAGUGCUGCCCGGCGUGGCAGGGCGACGCCUCGGCCUGCGGGGCCAUGUCCGGCCGGGGCUUCUGCGCGGAGGUGGAGGUGUCGGAGGAGCCGUGGGGGCCCCAGUACCCCCACAGAGGCAUCGACGACAGGGAGCGGUGGCCACUGGCCUUCUUCAACCGCACGUGCCGGUGCGCCGGGAACUACGACGGCUUUAACUGCGGCGAGUGCCGCUUCGGUUACCGGGGCCCCGGCUGCGGCGAGUUCCGGGAGUCGGUGCGGCCCAACAUCCUGAGUCUGUCGGUCGCCGAGCAACAGAGGUUCAUCUCUUACCUGAACCUGGCCAAGAACACGGUCAACCCCGACUACGUGAUCACCACGGGGACCAGGGCGGAGAUGGGCGUGGACGGGGAGAACCCCAUGUUCUCCGACGUCAACACCUACGACCUGUUUGUCUGGAUCCACUACUACGUGUCGCGGGACGCCUUCCUGGGCGGGCCGGGGAACGUGUGGCGGGACAUCGACUUCGCCCACGAGUCGGCCGCCUUCCUGCCCUGGCACCGGGUCUUCCUGCUGCUCUGGGAGCACGAGAUCCAGAAGAUCACGGGGGACUUCAACUUCACCAUCCCGUACUGGGACUGGAGGGACGCGCAGGCCUGCGACGUGUGCACCGACGCACUGAUGGGCGGCCGCAGCAGCCUCAACCCCAACCUGAUCAGCCCCGCCUCAGUGUUCUCCUCCUGGAAGGUCAUAUGCACCCAACCAGAGGAGUACAACACACAGGAGACGCUUUGCAAAGCCAACGGCGAGGGGCCUUUGCUGCGUAACCCUGGCAACCACGACCCAGGGCGCGUGACCCGCCUCCCCACCUCGGCGGACGUGGACGCGGUGGUCGGCCUGACCGAGUACGAGACCGACACCCUCGACCGCUUCGCCAACGGGAGCUUCAGGAACGCAUUGGAAGGUUUUGCCAACCCAGAGACCGGCAUGGCCAUCACCGGCCAGAGCACCAUGCACAACUCCUUACACAUGUUCAUGAACGGUUCCAUGUCUUCUGUCCAGGGCUCUGCCAACGACCCAAUCUUUCUCCUGCACCAUGCAUUCAUUGACAGUAUCUAUGAGCGCUGGCUGAGGACCCACACACCCCCCCGCACCCUCUACCCCCGAACCAACGCCCCCAUCGGACACAACGACGGCUACUACAUGGUGCCCUUCCUGUCUCUCUACCGGAACGGGGACUACUUCGUGACCAACAAGGUUCUGGGAUAUGAGUACGCCUAUCUGAUGGACCCUGGCCAGAGGUUUGUCCAGGAGUUCCUGACCCCCUACCUUCAGCAGGCCCAGAACAUCUGGCAGUGGCUCUUGGGUGCUGGGAUCCUGGGUGCACUGAUCGCUACCCUGGUCGCCGCAGUUGUCGUCGUGGCGAUCAGGAGGAGGAAACGGAGUAACAGGAGGAAGCUGCAGUCCAUCUACGGCGAGAGGCAGCCGCUCCUGAACAGCAGCUCGGAGGAGGGGUCCGCGUCGUACCAGACCACCAUGUAGCGUGGCCGUUUGGACACACACACACACACACACACACACACACACACACACACACACACACACACACACACACACACACACACACACACACACACACACACACACACACACACACACACACACACACACACACACAAAC